CUUACCUGCAGCCUGUGACUCUGCUGGGCGGCACAGCACGGGCUGCAGCGUGUCACCUGAGUCAGGAGCCAGGAGCAUGGGGAAGGCCUUGGAGGAAGGGAAGUUGCUGGAGGUGGUCUCUGUGGUCAGGGAGACCCUGGAGGCAGCAUGCAGUGCUAAGGUGAGCGUUGCGGUGAUAGGGGACUCCUGCAAUGGCGUGUCCUCCUUCGUCAAUGUGCUGAGGGGCCUUGGGCACGAGGAGGAGACCUCGGCUCCCACUGGGGUGGUGAGGACCACCCAGAUUCCCACCAGCUACUCAUCCUCCCGCCUUCCCAAUGUGAUGCUGUGGGACAGGCCCGGCAUGGGGGCUGCUGCACAAAGCCUGGAGAACCAUCUGGGGGAGAUGCCGUUCAGCCAAUAUGAUCUCUUUAUCAUCACGGCAUCUGAGCAAUUCAGCAUGAAUCACGUGAAGCUCGCCAAAACCAUCCAGGGCCUGGGAAAGAGGUUCUCCAUCGUGUGGACCAAGCUGGAUAGGGACCUGAGCACGAGUGUCCUCUCAGAGGACCAGCUCCUGCAGAAUAUCUGGGGGAAUAUCUGGGAAAAUCUCCAGAAGGAGGGAUAUGUGAACCCCCCACGUUCCUGGUGUCCAACCAUGACCCUUUAUUGCAUGACUUCCCAUGGCUUAGGGACACAUUGUACAGGGACCUGUCCGACAUCAGAUGCUGCAGUCUACUACAGACCCUAUCUCAAAUUUGUCACAAGAUCAUUAAUGACAAAGUGACCUCUCUGCAGGAGAAAUUAGCCUCAGGAUUUUCCCAAGACACCCUGGGCAUCCAGGACGCAGAUGACU